AUGGCUUCUUUCGAAGAAUUCUCCCACCUACCCAUCGAGCUCCGGCAAACCAUCUGGAAGUUCAGGCUGUCUGACGAAGACGAGCCCGAAGUAUGUGUUGUCACAUACCUCUCAAGAGACAUAGUCUACACUGCCUUCUCUGUCCUCAUGCACGUCUGCCAGGACUCCCGCCACUUCGUCCAGAAUUCCAAAGCGAGCGGUAUCGAGUUUCGCUUUUCAGAAGCCAAGUGUGCCGUUCCGAUCAGAAAGUUCGACCCCAAGCUGGACGCGGUGUACUGCCACAAUUGGGCGACGCUGAAACUUCUGCGGCACGAAGACAGCAUGCCUGUUGGGCAAAUGCGUCACCUGACGAUACCAUAUUGCGAGAAGCUCCUCUCGUCGAUUGCAACUGCCAUGGUUAACGACGUGAGAUUCGAGAGUUUGAGCAGUCUAUCAGUCGUUCUCUUCGUGAAAAAGGACGGCGAUGCCGUUUCAUACAACAUUCAAAGACCCAGACGUCGGUGCAAAUUACGACGCUUGCAAUACCGCGCUGGGUGGUUUGGCCCAAUCGUCAAAGUUUUUCAUAAGUCCGCAGCCGGAAACACAGGCCUAUUGGGAAGUUGCUUAGCAACAUUCGACUAUUCCGUCUGGAAGAAGCUUGUCACAAAUAGUGCUGAAUAUAUAGCUCGUGUGGCAGUCGCGGGCGGGGAGGUUGCGGAAGCUCGGUCCAAGCAUUACGAACGUUUUCCUGGCUUCCCUGUCGCUUCUCAUCAGUUCCUAGAGUAA